AUGGUAAUUGGAGAUGAUGGUCGUCGCCUGGACGGCAUUGUGAUAAGUAACUCUAAGAGAGAUCAGAGACUUCUUCUAGAUCCUUCUUCUCCUCUGAAUCCCUCCGCCAAAAAACUAAUCAUGAUCUCCGUCGUAAUCAUCGCUGAGCUAUUGGUGGAGUACACGGCGGCUAUAGCGAAACUCACAGCCGGGAUUCUUCCGAGACGGCAAGGAGACGGUAACGUCGUACGGAUCGGUGGUUUCUCAUUGCCUUCUCCGUCGAGUACGAGUAGAUCGUCACCGUUCCCGGACUAUUCUUCUCAUCUGGUCGAUUUCUGA